AUGCGAACCCAAAUCCUUCUUUAUAGUUUUGACGAUGUCAACUUCAUCAAGAAGAGAGCCAUUGAUGACUCCUGGCCUAACUACAUGAAGGUCUUCAUGAACAAUGUGUUGGAAGGUGAUGCUGAAAGUCGCUGGGCAUCCACCGAAGGACGUGAAUUUUUCAGAGACAAAAUGAAGCAGGAAGUGUCCUUGUUGCCAAACAUCCUUGACCAGGUUUCAACUGGAUCCCCAGGUAAUUCUUCCAUCGGUGAUGGCAACAGUCCAUUUUUCAGUCAGCUCAAGUCAUCACUCAGCAGUAACUGGUCCACAGGAGAAGACACGCUUACUGGCAAGAUAGUGAAGAACAGACUGAGGAUGAAGCUCAAACAGAGCUGCAGCUCCCAGCCAUACACAAUUACAGAGAGACGAGGACCACAAGAAGGUCACGGUCACACACGCUCCAUUGCCCGAUUUCAACAUGCUCAUGUAAUAAGAGACACUUUGACAACCAAAAAACUCCUAAUAAAAUUUGGUUGGUCCGUCAUUGCAGAUCAGCUGCAAUUUGUGUUCUUAGUGCUAAUGUUUGUGUAGUGCUUUGUGUGUUCUUAACAAUUUAAACUUUUAUCAUUUAGAAUAUAUCCAGUGUUGGUAAAAUGAUACAUAUAGAAGGAAAAUAUUAAAAAUUAUUUAUGAAAUAUAUCUAAUUUCUUUCUUUUUUUUCAAAUUAAAAUAUAUCUGCCUUUUUAUGUCACAGAUUUAUUGGUUUGCUAUCUCUAUCUUGUAAUAGCUUGUAAAUUCAUUAAUGGUGAUAUAAAGGGUUUUGUUUUGUAUUCAAGGUUACAUAUUGCAGAAUUCAUUUAAAGCCACUGGCCUGCGUUAAUACGUGUUCGUCUAUUUCAGCUUUUUACUUAAAACAUUUUGCUUAAAUUAUCCAUUUUGGCAAAUUUGUUGUGUUUUUGCUUGAAGAGUUUGUAAUAAUUCAAACUGCAUCUUAUAUACAACAGAAAAUUUAUGUACUUUGGGUAAUGACUUCAUUUAGUAUCAUUUUACUAUCAUUGACAGGGAACAUUUUGUUUUCAAAAUCUUGGUUAGCAAUAUUUCUAUCAAUUGAACAUUAAUUAGCAACUACUGUUUAAUGUUUUAAAUUUGUUUAGUAAUCUCUAAAACUUGCAUAUUGAAUCGCCACGCGAUACUGAACCAAAUGUUCCCUGAUUCGUACAUGUUUUGUAUGUCAUUAACAUUUUGUUUGUUUUAUAGUAUUGUCAUGAUUGUGGUGUGGGGUCUCUAAAUAAAUGUGGUGGUGUCAGUAUAACAUCUCCCUCAGAACCACUAGCUGUAACCAUUUCACCUCUAGGCUAUCUGUAAAGUUCUCAUGGUGAUUACUCGUUAUUUUAUUGCUUAUUAGACGGUUUGUGUCAUCAAGGAUAAUAUCCCAUUUUUACCAUGAGCAAAAUCAAGGCAAGCUGAAGAGUGGUCACUCACCUUUCCUGGCGAAGACUGAUAUCUGUAAAGUUCAAGAUAAAACACACCAAUCUUUUCUUUCACAUAACAAGAAAAUACAGCUUGAAAUGUUAGUUACAGCUAAAUUUGGAAGGGACAAUUAAUGUUGCAUUAAAAACAUUUGGCAUUGCUUGUAUGUGAAAAUAUUAUUGAAAUUAUAAUGGUAAUUAUUGAAUUUGAAAUGUUGAUCUUGGCAGUUGAGUUUGAGCACUGAAUGAAGUAACAGAUGGGAUAGCUCAAUUGGUUGAGAGCAUUGGCUUUCUAUGCCAAAGAUUUUGGUUCAAAUCCAGAGUCCAUCAUCAUAAGAUGGUGUUCACUCAGAUCACUGUUGAUCAAGAAGACUUAGUACUGUCCGUGUAUCCCAGCCAGUCUCUGUCUGAUCGUUAUUAAUUUCAAUCAUUGUCAGUUUUUUAACCAGUAUUUUUAUGAUGCCAUUUUAAAACAAAUGUUUAGCAAUGUAAAUUUGAACAUUUUACAUGGGUACAUAGGUAUUAAUGUCAGUUAAUCAGGGCUAGCCCUGGGUUAUUAGAACAUUUUGCCAAAUUCUCUAUUAAACUUAAAAAAUGGCAAAAAGUCUGUUAUUUUGUAGAAAAUUAUCAAUAAUUAUAUGAAUUUAUUUUGCCAAAUUAUUAAUAAAGUUAGUCCUCAGGUUUUUUGUCUAUUUUAAAUGGACUUGACAGUAUUGACAGUAUUUUCCAUAACUAAGUCACUAUGACCUACUUUUGAUGGGCAUAUCAUGUACCUCAUUGGUACUCAUUUUCAAAAUGCAGGUAAAUCAUUUUUCUUUAAUAUUUAAAGCAUAUCCUUUAAAGAAAUUGACAACAGUUUUAAAGGUACUUGUUCCCCUGUAAACUGGUCAUACAAAAGUGUGCACAUCGGUUUUUUCGGUUCAUACAUGCAUCAAAAUAUAAUUGCUGUGAAAUCUUAUAAUUAAAUUUAUAUGCAUACUUUAACAAUACAUAACUGAAUUUUGUUUAGCUUUAAAUACGCCUGUGGUAUUGUUUGUGUAAACUUCAUUGAUACUUAUGUCGCGUAAGAAUGCAAACAUUAAUUCACUAUUAUUUUAAUCAGGUGAUUUUUAUUUUUGUAAAUGAUGUCAUUCAUUUGGUAAAAUUUUUGAUAAGCGAUGCCAUUUCCUCUAGCAGCUGUGCAUUUUUACGGAUCAUUUAUUUAUAUUGGAAAGAAUUGUCCUAUUCGUGUGUAGUUAUAUUUUAUGAAAGUGAAUGAUGGGAACGUGUCUAAACAUUUAUGCUGUCGGUGGAACUGUUUAA